UGCUUAUAGCUGCCUAACUGCACCCGACGAUAAUGCUGCCGAUGACACUCGCAGCCGAUUGGCUGACGCGUGUCACGUGACCCUUAAGUUUCGCGGUGACGUUCGCCGGAGUUAGUUGUGACACAGGAGGCGUCCAGGAACAGAGGAAUGGGACAAGAAGCAGGCAAGUCUGCAUGGCCCAAACCGACAGGAGGAUACCAGACCAUCUCAGGCAGGAGGUACGGCCGGAGGCACGCAUAUAUCAGUUUCCGGCCAGUUACAGAUAAACAAAGAGUCGCGUCCACUGUGGACUGUCAAAACAUGGAGAGGACCAGCAGUCAAAAGGACUUGGCAGUGGCAUCAAAGGGCAACAUUUCUUCAGUGCUUCAGAAUAUCCUGCCGACAGCGUGCACAAAUGCAGUGUGCCCCGAGUUAAACGCGGCGUCAAAUCAGGAGGGCCACAGCAGGAGGCAGUCUUCAUUGUGUAGAGUCACAAAAGCGCCCUCUAACCAUUUCAAGAGACCAAAGAGUGACCAGGUUGUGCCAUAUGACAGAAAAUAUUAUUCUGGCAUAGAAAAAAGGGAACAGGCUAGAGUGUGGCCCUUCAACGAAGACCCUAAGCCCAACCCGGAAGCUCUGAGUUACAUAAACAUUGACGCCUAUGAGCCUGACAGCAGCGGGGCUGAGGAGGAAGACUCCAGUUCAAGCCCAUGUCAGGCUGCUCAGAAGAGACUUGAUGGUAUUUGUGAAUUGGGUGGAAAUUUGCUCGACGACUCGCAUGCUAAUGUAUUCUCACAAAUAAGUAAACGUUCAGUGCAAACGGCGCCUUCUAAAAGCGUAGCAGACCUUUGCUGUGAGCAAGCGGAUUUCGACAGAACUGUAAAGGCAAAUCAGAAAGUUAGCCCGUUGUCGGUUGGUGAGGACCAAGCUCCAAAAUGCCACGGGGUUACAGCCGGCUCUGCGCCCGCUUCCUGUAAAAGCAAGGGAAAAACCGACCCCGAAGAAACGUUUCAGUCCGAAAUGGUCGUGAGGCCAAAGAUCCGCAAACAGACGAGCGAGACUCACCUUGAAAGGAGGAAACGCUCUGAAAAAGAGGAAGCGAGCCAUUUGUCAGGCGCAGCGGUCAGGAACAAGUGUGGCUCAGCACCUCCAGGUUUCCUCGCACAAACAAGCUCUGAAAAUGAGUUGCUUUUUGACUUUCCACCCAUGGCCUUGAGCGACCUCAACUCCGAGGACAAGAAAAAUGAAGGUGACAACACCAAAGUAGAUGAGGAGGAUGGCGAUGAGAUUUGGGAAGAUCUGGAGAAUUUUGGAGAGAAAUGUGACCCAGCUAUAAAGGGCGACGAAAGCAGCAGCUCAGAAUUCAGUGAGGGCGAGUGGUCUGCCUCGUGGACGUCUGACUCUGGGCUGGAGAAAGAGAGGUGCACGAGUGAGGAGAGUUGGGAGACUCUGCCUGGCAUGGAUGAGCCGCCUGACAGCAGCAGCAGCAGCAGCAGUCUGGAGGAAGUGCCUUCUCUCAACCUCGCUUUAGAGGAGCAGACCCCCUUGGAGGAGGGCGAGAUCCCCUGGGUCAUGUAUAAUGAGGACUCGGGCAGCAGCAGUGAUGAAGACCCUGAUGGUGUCAGUCAGUUUGUUCACCCUGGACUCUUUAUCCUGGAUGGCAACAAUAACCUGGAGGAUGAUUCCAGCAUGAGUGAAGACCUGGACACAGAAUGGAGGUUUCUGGAUGAAUUCGGCGACGGUUUUGGGAUGGCUCAAGCUAUCUCUUACGUAGAUCAUUCCCAGCUGCUUACUUACAUGGCGCUAGAGGAACGUCUUGCUCAGGCAAUGGAGGCAGCACUGGCUCAUCUGGAGUCUUUGGCUAUAGAUGUGGAGCAGGCUCAUCCCCCCGCCACUGAACAAAUCAUCGACUGCCUACCCCAGAUCACCAUCAAUGCCGAAAACAUCGAGCAGGAGCAGUGCUGUGCCAUCUGCUGUUGUGAAUACGUCAAAGAUGAGAUUGCAACCCUGCUGCCGUGCCGCCACAUGUUCCACAAACUCUGUGUCACUCUCUGGCUCAGAAAGUCUGGUACCUGUCCAGUGUGUCGUCACGUUCUGACCCCAGCGGUGACCAAACCUGCGUCUUCAAACGCCGAUCAAGAAACGCCCCCGUCUGGGGGUCACAGCGCGUCUGGGGGAACGUGUUGAGCGUCAGUCGUACACCCAUCAAAACAUCUCGCAAAGAAACACUUCAGUACUAAAUAAUCACUCACUUAAAAAAAAAAAGGAAAGCAGCGGCCUGAACUAGCUUUCAGAUCCCAUUUAACCUAGUGCUGCAAUUCAUGGUCCAAACGUGGCGAACUAAAACUUAUUUUCUGAGAAAAUAUGAAUACGUAUAUAUUCAUAGGAAGCAUAUUUAUUCAUGUUUCAAUUAAAACGUUUUUGUACAUCCAGGCUAAACGCAGUUACAUGUCUUUAACUUUUCACGUCAUGUCAAGUAAAAAUGCAGUCCCUCAAUAAAAGUGAUAAUUUCUUGCUCA